GGUCCCUGUAAAGAUGUCUGAGCAGGCGGGGAGGGAGCGGAGCGGACGACUGAAAAGCAGCGCGGAGAAGCCCCAACUGUCUGCUGUUUCAUCACGCAAGGUCCACAUGAUUGUGAUGAACAGCUAAAUGUCCAAUAACAGCCAGGGAUCUGAAGGGGAGGCGGCCACCAUGGUGCCACCCUCUGGCUCCGCCUCCUCUCACGGACAGCCCCUUUCUCCGUCCACAACCUCCAAAUCACCUGAGCUUCCAGAUGAGUUGGUCCAGGCUGGAUGGUCCAAGUGUUGGUCCAGGAGGGAGAACCGGCCCUACUACUUCAACAGAUUCACCAAUCAGAGCCUGUGGGAGGUGCCUGUGCUGGGUCAGCAUGAUGUCAUUUCUGAUCCGUUGGGUCUGAACGCAGCUCCUGCAGAGGGGGGAGAUGGUAACCUUGGAAAUGGCCAGAGGAAGAGGAGGAGCUCUGAGGAGCAGGGGGCGGGGCCUAACAGUUUCAAACGAACAAAGGUGGAGCCGACCACACCCAUCUCUCCCAGCACACCUGGAGUCAAACCGUGGAGCCUUGCCCCCGAGGAGAAGCAGGUUCCAGCGACGACGCCCACCACGCCCAGCCCGGCGCCGGCCCCCUACCGACCAGCAGUGAUCUACUGGGAUCUGGACGUCCAGACCAACGCGGUGAUCAGAGAGCGUUCGGCAGCCAAUCACCUGCCGCCGCACCCCGAGAUUGAGCUGCAGCGAGCGCAGCUGGUCACCAAGCUGCGGCAGCAUUACCAUGAGCUGUGCCUCCAGCGAGAAGGCAUCGACCCGCCGCGGGAAUCCUUCAACCGAUGGCUUUUGGAGAGGAAGGUGAUUGAUAAAGGCCUGGAUCCGCUGCUGCCCAGCGAGUGUGAGCCCGCCGUCUCGCCAUCCAUGUUCCGGGAGGUCAUGAACGACAUUCCCAUCAGGUUGUCCCGGAUCAAGUACAAGGAGGAGGCCCGGAAACUCCUGUUUAAAUACGCCGAGGCAGCAAAGAGGAUGAUCGACUCCAGGAAUGCGAGUCCGGAGAGCAGGAAGGUGGUGAAGUGGAACGCCGAGGACACGAUGAACUGGCUGCGCAGAGAUCACUCCGCCAGCAAAGAGGACUACAUGGACCGCCUGGAACACCUGAGGCAGCAGUGCGGGCCGCAUGUCACGGCCGUCGCCAAAGACUCUGUGGAAGGAAUCUGCUCCAAGAUCUACCAGCUGUCGGCCGAAUACAGCCGCCGCCUGAGGCAGACGCACCUGAGCCUGCUGCAGGACCCCUCCACAGAGACGUGCGCGUCGCCGCCUCAGUCGCGGCUCGUCUACUGCUACCCGGUCCGGCUGUCGAUCCCGACCCCCGCCCUGCCCCGCGUGGAGCUGCACUUUGAGAACGACGUGGCCUGCCUCCGCUUCAGAGGAGAGAUGGUCAAGGUCAACCGGGGACACUUCAGCAAGCUGGAGCUGCUGUACAGGUACAGCUGCAUCGAUGACCCUCGCUUUGAGAAGUUCCUGGCUCGAGUUUGGUGCCUCCUGAAGCGAUACCAGGUGAUGUUUGGCAGCGGUGCUAAUGAGGGCAGCGGCCUGCAGGGGGCGCUGCCGGUGGCGGUGUUUGAGGCGUUGAACCGGCAGUUCGGCGUCACCUUCGAGUGUUUCGCCUCGCCGCUCAACUGCUACUUCAAGCAGUUCUGCUCCGCCUUCCCCGACAUCGAUGGGUUCUUCGGGUCCAGAGGGCCGUUCCUGUCCUUCAGUCCGGUCAGCGGCUCGUUCGAAGCCAACCCGCCGUUCUGCGAGGAGCUGAUGGAUGCCAUGGUGACGCACUUUGAGGAACUGUUGGAUCGGUCUUCCGAGCCGCUGUCCUUCAUCGUCUUCGUUCCUGAGUGGCGCGACCCGGUGACACCGGCGCUGACCCGAAUGGAGGCCAGCCGGUUCCUGCGGCACCAGCUGAACGUCCCUGCCUACGAACACGAGUACCGCUCCGGGAGCCAGCACAUCUGCAAGCGGGAUGACAUGUACUACCGGGCCGUCCACGGCACCGCCGUGCUCUUCCUCCAGAAUGAUGCCGGCUUCGGGAAGUGGGCUCCCACUCCGGAGCGUCUGGCGGAGCUGACUGCGGCGUACCGCCCCGCUCUGUCCCGCACUUCCUCCUUGUCGUCUCCUGGCCCCACCCAGUCCGCACCUGGAGACAGAGACUCUGCCCCUAAGGCCUCUGAUAGGACACAGAGUGCGAUGAUGUCACCUGGCGGCCAUGACAGCAACAACAACGGCAGCAGCAGCAGUAGCAGCCCUCAGGACAAGCUCACUGCGAUGUAGAGGGGCGUGGCCUGCAAUGGUCACGCCCCUAAUGUAAAUGUGUGUUUAUGAACAUCACCAGUCCCUCACCAGCACCUGUAGCACAUCCUCUACCACCGCCAUCAGGGGGCGGAGCAUCAUUUAAACUUCACUACGUCUCUUUAGUCUGUUGGCUGCUCUGAUUGGUUGAAGCUCACCUGAAGCUGAAUGAUGUCAGCAUCUGAACUGCUUCAGAGUUCCAGCAGUAAAAUCCAGAUUAGAGGGGUGUCCUCUGAUUGGUUGUUAUGGCAGCUAUCAUGUCUGGGACCGGGCCUAAAGCAGGGGGCGUGGCUUUGGUGGCAGAGGGGCGGGGCAUCAGGUAAUCCUGAAACCCAUUAGUCAUGGAAACGAUAUUUCAGUCCCAAUCCAGAUCUGUGAUUCACACGAGAUUAGAAAAUACAAGAUGUUAAGGUGAGCUUUAAUCUAACCCAGUUUAAUUCAUACCAGAUUGAUUUGGUGUGAAUUAAACCAAAUUAAUCCAGUUUAAUCUGAUGACCUCAAAUCUAGUUUGGUUCAGUUCAGCAUUUUUUUUUUUGUUUGAUUUCUUUGCUCCAUUACAAUCUGGUUAGAUCCAGUCUGAUCUAGUUUGAUUUGUUUGGACCUAAUCUGGUUCAUGUUGGUUGGAUCCAGUAUAUUCUAAUUUAAUCUAAAUAGAGCUGGUCUGAAGAGGUCUGGGUUCUGUAGGGAUGGGUGGGUUCAUCUGGAUUAAUCUGGAUAGAACCAGUUUUAUCUGGUUUAAACCGAUUUGUGUGGGCGUGUCCAUCUUUAAUAGGAAAAAAGUUGACUCCUCCCACUUCUGAGUGCUUUCUGAUUGGCUGGUGGUGGACCU